AUGACGUCGCCUUCGCAGCUGGAUAUUGCGCAUCCAUCGACGUUUGCGACGUCGUUUUGGACGCACCCCGAGUAUCGCACUGGCGCCAUGGUCCUGUAUGCGCGCAUGCAAGACGGUCUCGAUGAAAAUGAGACCGUCCUCAGUGUGGCGCGGCACCGCGCACAAUUGGAGCGCGACUAUGGGCAUGGACUCGAGUCUGUCCCGGAGCUUGUGCGAACAAGAGACGAGCUUUUUCCCGGUGCUUCUGACAAGUCGCGCGUGUCAAAAGCGCCGUCCGCGCGCGCACUGCGACUGCUCGUGCACGAAGCUGCGACGACAAACGCAGCGCAGCAUUAUGGCGCUGCAAAGUCUCUCGAAAGCAAUGUCAUACUCCCAUUUACAAAGUGGGCGGAUGCACAUGAAGACCGCAUCUAUGAAAGCUGGGACGUGGUCAAUGAAGCGCUGUGCGCCAUGGAGCGACAUACCACAGAGGUGACGCACCUGCAGAUGAUGUACGAGUCCAAAUGCCGCCAAGCGGAUGAAGCAGAGGAAGACGUACAAUUCGCGCCCGGCGGCGAAGUGAGCACGCCGCCACGUACGGCCAACCAUACGAAGCAAUUGUCUCUCACGCCUACACCGCCCGCGCACACGGAAAAAGAAGACGCGCCUCUUGAUACGCAGAAGCUCGAGCGCCGCGCGACAUUGCGGCAGCAGUUUGGCUUUAAGGCGCGCCCCGAGAACACCGAGCACGAGCAGCUACGCGCAGAGGCAGCGCAGCCCAACGGCCCAAGCCUGCGCCGCUCCGCGUCGCGCCUUUCCCUGUCGCAAUUUACGAAAGCCGUCGGCAGCUCUUCUGCGCUCGCACAAGUGCGCGCUGCGGUGAGUGGCUUGGCCGACCCGCGGCAUAUCCGAUUGCGUCGCGACGCCGAGACCGCAGAGUGGCAGUACAGCGACGGCGUCUUGGCAUUGGACGCCGUUCGAUGCCGUACUGAAGAGACGCUUUUUCACCAUUACCAGCUUUUGCAGCGUUGGGAGAGCGAGCGUAUCGUAGCGCUGCAGCGUGUGCUGACAGGUUUUAGCCAUGCGCUGAACACGGAUGUGGAAGCGCUGCGUGCAUCCGACGAGCGCAUGCAGCUUCUGCCGCGCCGCGUUGUGCCUGCAGCGCACUUCCAAUACCUGAUCAGCGAGUUCCGCACAGGCCCCUUCCGCCCCGCGCCAGUGUCUUUCAAGCCUUAUUACCACGAUGAGGUGAGUGCGACCGCAGGGUUGAGCACGUUAGGCUUUGGCAUAGAUUUGGUCGCCCUGGCCAAAGGCGCGGCGCUCGCUGCCGAAGAACAACCGGCACUUGCCGAGCACGGCAAGGUGCUCACGAUGCCGACACUACCGCCCAUAUUGCAUGCAUUGCUCAGCGCAUUGCAACGCUCCUAUGCAGACAAGGCACGAUGGCUGGCUACAGAUGGCAGCGAGCCGUCGAGCGAAAACGUGCACGCUGAAAAGCGCCGCAUUUGGCUGUACGAUGUGCCGCUCCAUGUGACGCAUGCACUGCGCACCAAACUUAUCGAGGAAGCGCGCGCCCAGUCCAGCGAAGAAGAGCUGUGGGUGCCCGACCAGCUGCUCGACUCUGUCGAUGCGCCUGUUUUGGCGGCGACGGUAAAAUUAUGGGCUUUGGAGCUGCACACACCACUGCUCCCACACUCUUUCUGGGACGAGGUUGCUGAGAUUUACGAUGCAAGUGCGAUUCGCGAAGAGACGCUAGAAAAAGCGCGCACGGAAGACGCUGAUCGCAGCGAAAUUAGCAGACCCGUGCUGCAAGGCAUCUCGGGCGUGUUGGCACGUCUGCCAAAGCUGCACCUUACAUGCCUCGAUGCGAUCAUCGCGCACCUAUAUAAACUCAUGCGCGAAACCUCUGCAAAAGAGAAUACAAAUGUGUACACGAGCAAGCUUGGGCUCGCGCUGGGGCGCUGCAUUUUGCGUCCCAGCACCGAGCGCCCAAGUACUCUGCAAGCCAAGUACCCUGCAUUGCUCGUCAAAGACUUUGUCGAGCACUACGAGACGCUGUUUCCCCCACUGAUGCUGGUCAAGGCGAAAGAAUCGGAUGCAUAUGCACUCAGUCCAUUCCGCAGCGAGCAGCUGCGCCGUCGAUCUACCCUCGUGGACCAGCGUAUCAAGCGGAGCUCGUUGCAGAGCAAUGCGCUUCCCACCGUCGGUCUCCAACGCCGUGCUGCACAGUUUGGCCAGCUGCACAAUGGCCGUGCAAUUGCGAGGCACGCAUCCGUGUCGUAUCGCACCGCCAAGGACGCACCUAGUGGGCUGAGCCUUCGCACAGCGAGGUCCGUCUCAGCGCAAGUCCCUGGCACGGCUCUCUCGCCUGUGCGCCAAUCGCCACUGCGCGAACAAAGCGGUGCUGACGAAGAGAAUGUUGCUUCGGUGAUGCAUACACCUACGAAAACGCGCCAGGGUCCGGCAUCCUCCCUCACGGACCGGCAGCCGUCCAACACAAUGGCCCGGUCGUCGCGUGCGCCGCUGCCGACACCGCCGGCAGAAACGCUGCCCGCGGACGCGCAUGCUGCGACCAGCACGCCAACAUCAGUAUCACUGCCCGAACCCGCAAGCCCAUCGCCUACGACGCGUGGCAAAGCAAGUAUCCGUGGUCCCCGUGGCCCACGAACCGCUGCUUAA